AUGAAUGAAUGCAUGGAUGAACACACCGGGUCAAUCAGUCAACCAGCAAUCUCAAACAUGAUCAGAAUAGCAACACCGCAGAACAUCGCAGUCCUCCCCGCAACAAGAAUAAGACUAUUCUCCACCAUCAACAGCCUCCUCAGGGAACAACAACAAAAGACAACCGCCUCCAAGAACAAGACAAAGACAAGAAACUACUAUAGCUACCACUACCAUCCAUCCAAACGCGUGCCGGCCUCCCAAAACCAGGCCUCCGCCGCGGCACCCGAGGCGUCGUCCUCUACUACUGCACAAACAACGAGUGCACCCGCGACAUCCACCACGCCCGCUUUCAAAUACUCAAAUAAUAUUUUCAGGAAACUACCAAAGGUACCCAUGACAAGGUAUCUGGAAACGAAACAACUGUCCAAAGAGAUUUUGUUCGCAGGGUACAAACCCAUUAUGUACCCUGUUCGUGAAAACCCACUGUUUAAAUUGAAGAUUAAACAAGAAGAUGCCAAGAGAGAAAACGGGAACGAAAAGAGAGCCUUGGGUUCAUCCGUAUCACAUAAAUAUAAGGGUAUUUGGUCUACUUCUAUCCUCGGGUUACAAGAUUAUCCCGAAUGGAAUAACGUCCCCUGGAAUAACAUUAAAAAUUUGAAACCGUUCGAUGAGGAAUUAGCAUCAAUAACAAUCAAAAAGAACAAAAAAUAG